AUGCGUUCAGUUCGAUAUAACACAGCAAGUACGAGAAUAACGCCAAAGAUGCGUGAACAAAGACGAUAUUUCAAGAGCUUUGUUUUAUUCAAUUUUUUUCUUUUUUGCUCUUUUUUCAUUUUUCAUUUCUUUCUUUGUUUCCCUCUUCAUCGUUUUGAUUUCUCUUUGUCUCUCGUCUUUUUACAUUGUCUUUUCUUUCUAUUUUGUUUCUUUUUUUUCUUAUUUAUUCUUUUGUCUUCCCUUAUUCUUUAUCACUCUUUGGCUCUUUUUUCGUUUAUGAUUUUUUUUUUCCUUUUUCCUCAUCCUUUUCUUUUUCUCUCUGUCUGUUUUCCUUCUAUUUUUUCUUUCUAUCCUCUUUCUUUUUAUGAUACUUUUUUUGUUUAUUUUCGUUUUAUUUUCUUGUUUGUUUUUCUCUAUUUUUUUUCCUACUUUGUUUUCCUCUAUAUAUAUAUAUAUUUUUUGACUUUUUUUACUAUUUUAUUUUGUUUAUCUCUUUUUCAUUUUUCUCUUCUUUCUCUGUUUCGGUAUUCCUCUUUUUGUUUUUCUCCUUUUUCUCUUUGUCUCUUUCCUUUUUACAUACUCUUUUCUUUCUAUCUUCUUUCUUUUUUAUUUCUUAUUUAUUCUGUUCUCUUGCUCUGUUUUUUAUAUUUUUUUCUUAUUUUCCAUUUUCUUUUCUUUUUUUUCUUUUUCUUUAUUUUUGCAUUUUCGUUUUUCAUUUCCUUUCGUGUUUCGUUUUUUCUAUUUUUCCUUUCCAUUUAUAUAUAUUUUCAUAUUUUUGCCUUCACUUUUGCCUUUUCUUCUUUUCGCUUUUUUCUUUCUUUUGUUUUUCCUCGUGUUGUCUCUGUCUAUUUUCCUUCCUUCAAUGGUGUUUUCUUUCUCUUCUUUCUUUUUAUCACUCUUUUUCGAUUUUUUGUUUUUCUUUUCUUUUCGUUUUUACUUUUCACUUUUCGGUGUUUUCUUUGCUUUUUCGUCACUUUUUCAUUUUUCUUUCUAUCUAUUUUCUUUCAUUUUAUCAUUCUUUUUUUUCAUUUUCUUUUCGUUUUUUUUUUUUCCUUUUUGCCAAUUUCUCCCAUUUUUAUUUUCUUUUUCCCUUUAUUUAUUAGCAUUUUCUUGUUAUUUUUCUUUAUUUUUUAUUGGGAUUUUUUCCCCGUUAUAUAUAUAUAUCACUUUUGUUUGUUUCUUUCUUUCAUUCUCACUUUUUCAUAUACAUCUCAUUCUCUCUCUCUUUUUAUCUAUCUAUCUAUCUAUCUAUCUAUCUAUCUAUCUAUCUAUCUCAGUCACUAUUCAUAUCUCUCUCUCUCUCUAUCUCUCUAUCUAUCUAUCUAUCUAUCUAUCUCAGUCACUAUUCAUAUCUAUCUAUCUAUCUAUCUAUCUAUCUAUCUAUCUAUCUAUCUCAGUCACUAUUCAUAUCUCUCUCUCUCUCUCUCUCUAUCUAUCUAUCUAUCUAUCUCAGUCACUAUUCAUAUCUAUCUAUCUAUCUAUCUAUCUAUCUAUCUAUCUAUCUAUCUAUCUAUCUAUCUAUACCCAUGA